UCAGUUGGAAAUAACUUGUGUCCUACAUAAACUUAUUUUAUAAUUUUAGUUUCCUGAAUGCAGGGAGAAAAAAAGACUGAUGGCUUAACCACACAGGAAAUUGAUGAGCACACUUGCAAGAUACUUCCUUAUGUUGAUGCACUUCUGAAGUGACAUUGCAAAGUUAUGCCAGUGCAGUUGACUUCAUGACAUGAGCCUGUGAACAUUUGUGUUGGUAAGAAGAAAUGCAAUGUCGAAUCGGAGACCAAGGAAAGUACGGAUGGGUUCAUCCCGUCGACAUCUAGACAGGACUUCAUUAUUAGCGCAUGAUGUGACCCCAGAAACCCAAACAGACCCUCGCUCCAUUACGGCGGUAGACAUGGACUCCGUUAAUUCAGAACAUGGAAACCAACUUGAUUUCAAGGAACCAAUUUCUGAAACACUGCAUGAAACAAGCGAGGGCUUGGCAUUUGCAAGUGAAAAAUGUGGAAGCUUGAUCCAUCCACCAACCACGUUUGAGAUUGACGCACACUCUAACCAGUUCUGGAGUGUUUCACCAAAACCAUCUCAACCUCAAAAAGAGGUCAUGUCUGAAAACAGAAAUGAGAAUGCAGGCAUGAGUUGGUCAAAUGACUUAACCCGAGAACAGUGUAGAGAAUUCAGUGCAAAUAUAAAAGAGUCCAAAAUGGUGAUGUUGCCUUACGAAAGCUGCGAAAAAACAACGCUGCAAAUAUCAAAACCAGGGGAUGACACUCACAAAGUCAGUCAGUGCAGUGGAGUUUUCUGGCAUCCAAGGCUCAACAGCUCUCUGUAUUCAUCUCCUUGUCAGCCACUCACAGGCGACCUGUCUAAUAGUACAAAGCAAUCAUCAGACAGUAUUAUACAUAAGGAAGAAGUUGAAAGGGAAUUUAGAAAAGAGGAUUCCAAUAAUUUGGCGGUCUCCUUAACAGGAACUAUUGCUGAAGGUCAGGAAUACUUAUUGCAGGUUGAAGGUAUUUGUGGUGAUGUGCCAUCUCUAAUGAAAGAGCACGAGGUGAGCAAUGACGUGAACCCAUUGUUAAAACAUUCUGAACAUCCAACACAAUCUGGUGUGUGUCCAUUACUCAUUGAAGUACCCAACCAAGAAGAGGCUGAACAAGAGCAGAUUACUUCUACCACAACCGAUUCACAUGAUUCUGCAGGCAAUUCUGUAAUAGUUGUUGAAAGCCAGCCCCUUCUAACCAUGCAAUACACUUUAAACCCCAGCACCAACCAGGAAAUGACCUUACAAGAUAAUCUAGAAAACACAAAAAGUGAUCACAUAUUUGAUAUGAGUGAGCUAGGUCACAACCUGAAAGAAAAAUCCUUCAGCCAAGUAUGUGACUCUGAACAGAACAGUGAUGGUACAGCAGUAGAUGCUUCAGGUUUAGUUAACGAUGUCAAACAGACUGAGGUGGCAUCCAACCAAGAGCAGGUCAGGGAUUUAGAUAUGAAAUCCUCCAUGAAGAAGAGAAGGAUGGGUUCCAGUCGCAGGAUUGGUAAUCAGGGCAAAGGGGGAGGUGAAGAUCACUCAGGAGAAAUAGUAGAAUCAGACUUUUCUACAGAUCUUAACAAGACCAACAAGUAUUUUGAAACAGAGUUGAAAGUUGAGAUGAAAUGCGAUUUAGAGUCACUUGAGGGGGGAACACUUGGAACUUCCACAGACAAAGCCGAUUGUCUUUUGUUAAUGCCACCUCAAUCUGAGAUCAAGGAAAGAGGUAGUGAGGACAUAAUAGAUAGAGCACGAAAAGAAACAUAUACAGGGGGUCAUAUUCACUUGUCCGCAGAUAUUUUCCUAGGAGAUGUAGAUGAAAGAAAAGAGGUUGAAUCUGAAGGAAAAAGUGAAAUCGUAGAAAAUAUGGAAGUGAUUAAAAUCCCGCUGUCCAAAACAUUGGCAGAAGUAAACAACCAGGAAAUCACUGAAAGAUUGUCAAGUCCAUACCAUGAGGAAAACCUGUGCAGGGCGGCUACUGAGCCACAGGAGAAAGACAUCAGCCCACCAGGUGCGGUAUUUGAUUUGAGUGAGCUAGAACACAACGUAAAGGAAAAAACCUGCAGCCAAGAAUUUGAACCUGAAGGCCACGUAAACAAUGAGCCAUUGGAAUUAAUUGAAGACACUGCACGAGAGGAAGGAGAAGGGCACCCUAUAAAAGUUGGGGCUCUGCAGUCAGAAUACUCCUCAGCUUCUGCCGAUGAUGAGUAUGAUCUCACAUUUCCGACUAGAAGUGGGACUAUAUCCUUCAACGAUGGGUCAGUUGAUAACCCCACAAAACUACCAAUUACAGAAUUAAUGGUACCAGAGAAGAAUCAAAGGGCAAACGAAAGAAAUGUCACUCUAGAUUCAAAAAAAGAAUUGAAACAUGGAUACAAUAAUGACUCCAAUAUAACAACUGAGUUCAACCCACAGUCUGAUGAUGUUGAGCAUAUUUCAAGCAAUGUCACACUAAGUGAUAAUCACAGUAUUGAUGACUUGGCCGUCGAGAGCUGUCUAUCGACUAACAUGAGAGAAAUACAUCCUUUGGCCACAGUUCCUCAACAUGUUCCCUCGUCUGGAGAGGAUCAAUGCUACUCAGUAGUAAUGUUUGCCCCCACUUCAUCACAACUACAGGACGAUGGUGAACAAGUUGGAGCGCAAACGAGCACAGGGUUAUCACAUUCAUUAGGAAUAACAGAACUUGGCUUAAUUAAGAGUUAUCAUGAAAAUGAAAACACAAACCCUGUAGAGAUGCCUGAGGUAGAGAAUGAUUUACCACAGAACAGUGAUGGUACAGCAGUAGAUGCUUCAGGUUUAGAUAACAAUGUCAAACAGACUGAGGUGGCAUCAAACCAAGAGCAGGACAGGGAUUUAGAUACGAAAUCCUCCAGGAAGAAGAGAAGGAUGGGUUCCAGUCGCAGGAUUGGUAAUCAGGGCAAAGUAGGAGGUGGAGAUCACUCAGGAGAAAUAGUGGAAUCAGACUUUUCUACAGAUCUUAACAAGACUAAUAAUGAUUUUGAAACAGAGUUGAAAGUUGAGAUGAAAUGUAAUUCAGAGUCACUUGAGGGGGAAACACUUGGAACUUCCACAGACAAAGUCGAUUUUCUUUUGUUAUUAGCACCUCAAUCAAAGAUCAAGGAAAGGGGUACUGAGGAAAUAAUAGAAAGAGCACGCAAAGAAAUAUAUACAGGGGGUAAUAUUCACUUGCCCCCAGUAAUUUCCUAUCCCGAUGUAGAUAAAAGAAAAGAGGAUGAAAUUGUAGAAAAAAUGUCACAUCCAUACCAUGAGGAAGACCUGUGCAGGCCUGCUUCUGAUCCACAGGACAAAGACAUCGGGCCAUCAGGUGUGGAUGUCCUCAUGCUUGUCCAGAACUCUUUGUCAAAAGAGAACGCUCCUCACAGCCUGGACAUUAACAGCUCAAUCCUCUUUGCUCCAGUUUCUGAUAUCAGGGAUAAUGAUGACAAGAUGGACACUGCAGGCCAACAUCAAACUGCACUUUCAUCAAAUGUAGAUCAUAUUAGUGGCCAUGGGAAUCAUGGGUCCCUCCGACAUGUUAAAGACGAUGACAACCAUAUUUUGAGGAGAAGAAAGAUGGGUUCAUCUCGCUGGACUAAAGGAAGUGCAACAGGGUCACAAGAAGGUUCAAAAAAAGUACAGACAACAGAGGACAAAGAGAUAAAAAAAGAUGCAGUGUUAUCGGAUACCAUUUCUGAAGGACCUGAGAAGGUUGUGACUACUGAGGAGGAACCAAACCAGAUAGGCAGUGAUACGCACCAGUCAAUGAGUGAAGCUCCAAAAAUUGUGAGGAGGAAGCUGGGCUCCAAUAAUAUGACCGGCAGAAUGACACCAAUACAGGAGAACUCAAAGGAGAAGAAGGAGGUUGAGAGUGAGGUCUCAGAAGAUAGGAAGAUAUUCAAAGAUGAGCUCAAAUUGAAAGUAAACAAAGAUAAUGAGACAGAACAGAGUGGAGAGAGAAGUUCUGAGACCGAUGUAAAACCAGUGAACACAACCUUAAGUGCUCUCCCUAUCGAAUUAUCCAAUGACUUACACGUUGAGGGUAGAAGAAGGAAAUUAGGUUCUCAAAGGAAGUCAAGGGGACAGCACCGCCAUGACUAUCCACCUGAGAGUAAAGACCAUGGAGCCUUGAUCUUUGGAGAUCACCUGCCACCUACAGAACCACUAAGUCGGCAGAUAAGUGGUGAUGCAACCCUUACCUUUGAUACCUUGAAUAAGUGUGACCGCAGAGCCAACUGCUUCAAUGUGGUGAUGGUUGGGAGUAGCAAUGUUGGCAAGACCUCAUUCAUGAAAAGGAUUCAAAGCGGGUCGUAUGCUCCAGAUUUCAGUGCCUCGAUUGGCAUUGAUACGUGCAUUCAUGCAUUACCAGUGGAUGGGAGGGAAGUGAUGCUGCAGAUAUGGGAUACAGCAGGACAGGAACGGUUUCAUAGCAUCUCAAAACAGAUCUUCCAUAAAGGACAAGCGUUCCUGUUGAUGUAUGACAUCACUUCCUCCGUGAGUUUCACUGACGUCAGAUACUGGAUCAGCUGUAUACAGGAGAGUGCUGGAGAAGAGGUCAUAAUGUUGCUGCUUGGUAACAAAAGUGAUUGUGCAGGACGUGAGGUCACUCCAUCUGAGGGAAAACUCCUUGCUAAGGAAUAUAAUAUUGACUUCAAUGAGUGCAGUGUUGCCACAGGUGAACACAUUGUUUCCAGCAUUGAAUCCCUAGCAAGGAAACUGACUGAGAACUACCACAAAAUAGAGGAAGACGUUGUUUUACAACAACAACAACCGAAAAAGAGAUGCUGCUGAGGAAGCCAUGAUAAACAUCGUGCUGUUGUGACAUGUAUAACCCUAUUUCUGGACUAUAGUU